AUAGAUUAUAUCUGUUAAUACAAUAAAUUUGUUUAAGAUAGCGCUAAUCUCAGUUAUAAACCUAUGUUGCUUGAUUAUGUUAUAAUAUUAUGUUUACUGUUAGACCAAGUACAUGUUGUGAUUGACGAUGGGGCCUUUAAUAAGACAGACAUGGACAGUCCUCGGAGUCCUUCUAAAUAUGCUGGGACAGGGUAUGGUCUUGAGUUACACUUCCUGUCUUCUACCAGCGCUGCAGGCACCAGAUUCAGAUAUUAAGAUAGACAUACAUACAGCUUCUUGGAUUGCAUCCUGCAUUGCAAUAUCAGGUUUCGGAGGCUUCUCCGUUUCUUCUGUGCUCAUGGACGUCAUAGGAAGAAAGAAAGCUCACGCUAUCGUUCUCAUUCCCGGUAUAGUGGGCUGGGUCCUAAUUUCAUUGGCUCAAAAUGUCUAUACAAUUGUUAUUGGUAGGCUUCUGGGUGGCUUCGCUGCAAGUGCCACUGUAUGUUUAGGCGCUGUUGUCAUCGGAGAAUACUCAAGCCCCACCAACCGUGGAACAUUCCUUAAUCUGAAGACCGCAGCUGUCUGUUUUGGUAAUAUGGUCAUUCACGUGUUCGGGAACUUCUACCAUUGGAGGACAAACGCGCUGAUCGGAACUAUACCUCAUCUGUUAUCAUUUGCUAUUAUCAUGACUUGGCCUGAAAGCCCCUCUUGGCUUGCAUCCAAAAGCCAAUUUGAAGAAAGCCGCAAAUCGUUCGAAUGGCUCCGAGGAACAGAUGAUGCAGCACGGCUGGAAUUUGAAGAGUUAAUCCGCGCGCAGAAAGAAAGACUAACUGAGAAACCUGUGAAAACCUCAAUAAAAAUGGAGAUACGAGGUUUUUUCCAGAAGUUUACCCGUCGAGAUUUCGUUAAGCCAUUAGUUAUAGUUACAUUUAGUUCUGUUCUGCUAGAAACUUGUGGCAGACACAUAUUUCCAGCUUACGCCCUUCAAAUCAUAACAGAAGUUACUGGCACCAAAUCGAACUCGUUCUAUUACACUUUAGCAAUUGAUAUUAUAAUCACAUCCAGCGCUUUGUUCUCAUCUGUACUUGUUAAAUUAAUGAAGCGAAGGACACUACUGUUGGGUACUGGUGCGGCUGCAUACGUUGUGUUGAUGAUAGUAUGUUCAUACCUGUUUGUAGCUGAUAGAGGUUGGAUUACAUCUCGGACUUGGAUACCACUUUCCAUAUUCGUACUGUACUUCAUCUUAGCUAAUUUAGGAUGCACUCCUAUACCUUUGGCCUUAUUGGGUGAAGUAUUCCCACUACCUCACAGAGCUGCUGGAUCUUUAGCUGCAGGCUUUAUUAUGUCCCUAAUUUUACUGUUUCCAUUGCAAGUGACGCCGUACUUACUUACAAGCAUAAAGGUGUAUGGUACCUUCUUUUUCUUUGGAACAUUAAUGGGCCUUGCAUUACUUGUACUAUAUUUUAUCUUACCCGAAACAAAAGAUCGAACCCUACAGGAAAUUGAAGAUUACUUUAACAAUGGACGGUUUAAAGAAAAUACAGAUGAUGCAGCUCAUACCAAAAUGCUAAGCAACAAGGCGGAGAUAUAAAGAUAGUAGAGAAGUAUUUUGAUAAAUAACUUUUUGAAUUUUUCCUUGUAUUUCCAUUAUCAUGGAUUACAGUGAUCAUAAAUUCAAUGUUAUUGUGAUAAUUUGCACCGAAAUCUAAACUAAUUUUUGGAGUAGGUUAUCGAAGGAUACCUAAAGGUUGUAAAGAUAUUAUAUUCUAAAGAUUAUAACGAAUAGUAAUAUCUAGACGUAAGUGAAUACUGAAUGUGUGUGUGUACUAAAAUAAUAAAAUUAUUGUAAAAGUG